AAUUUCUUUCCAACAGAACUUUUAUUAAAAGCUCCAACCACAUUAAACAAGCACUAAACACUGAAGGAGGAAAGAUGGAAGACAGAGAGAUGGAGGAAGAAAUGGUGGUAGAAGAAAGAGAGCAGGUGGCGCCACCAACCAAAGUGGAGAAAUCUCCAUACAACAUGCUAAAGGAGAGUAAGGUGUCGGUAGAGGAGAUCGUCGCCAAAUUACUAUCCAUAAAGAGAGAAAACAAACCGAAAUUGAAGCUCAAAGAACUCCUCACACAAACCUUCCUUCACUUUGUCACUCUCCGUCAGGUCAACAUUCACUCUCUCCUAGAUUUUUCUGUUUUUCAUUUCUGAUCUAGGGAAAAGAUUUGGGGAUUUCUGAUCUGGGUUUCGAAACAAAGGAAGAAACCCAGAUUUCUGAGUUGGGGAUUUUGAUUUAGGGAUUUCGAUUUGUGUUAAUCUCAAAUGGGUUUCGAAAGGAAGAAAGAAAUUAGGGGAAAAGAUUUUGGGAUUUCUGAUUUGGGUUUCGAAAGAAAGGAAGAAACCUAGAUUUUUGAU